UCAGUGUUGCCGCGUUCGUAAUUUUGAUCUGUAGCCAGUCUAGUGAAGAUGGCCGAAAACAAUGGCAGUAGUUAUUGAGCUAACUUUGCAUUCUCUUACUACUUGUCAACAAAGAAGUUAUCUUUAAUUAAAAAGCAACUGAAGCAUAUAACAUAGUCAUAGAUAUAUAUUAUGGCAACUGCUAUUCAGAAGAAUGGCGUGAAACCUUUAACAAAUUCAUCAAUAAAUCAUGUAGAAGAUGUAAAUAAUUUAGACAAUACAGAUAUAUGUAAAGAAGAACAAGAUGAAAGACUAUUUGAUAGACAGAUCCAACCUUAUGUGGAUACUCCUGAACAAGAACCUCGAGAAUUGGAUAUUGUUAUCAAUAAUGUAGUUUGCAGCUUUAGUGUUAGAUGUCAUUUAAAUUUACGAGAAAUUGCACUUAAUGGAUCUAAUGUGGAAUACAGGAGAGAAAGUGGGAUGAUAACAAUGAAACUGAGGAGACCCUAUACCACUGCUUCUAUAUGGUCUUCUGGUAAAGUUACAUGUACUGGUGCAACUAGUGAAGUUCAAGCAAAGAUUGCAGCACGUCGAUUUGCUCGCUCACUUCAGAAACUUGGAUUUAAAGUGCGAUUUAAUAAUUAUAGAGUAGUUAAUGUAUUGGGUACAUGUUGCAUGCCAUUCGCAAUCAAGAUAACAUCAUUUUCAUUGUACCAUAAAGAAAAUGCAGAUUAUGAGCCAGAACUACAUCCUGGUGUUACAUAUAAGUUGAAAGAACCAAAAGCUACAUUGAAGAUAUUUUCUACAGGUAGCGUUACCGUAACAGCUCCUAAUGUCGCUGCUGUUCAAGCAGCAAUUGAAUAUAUUUAUCCACUAGUCUAUGAGUUUCGUAAAGAAAGAACAGCAGAAGAUGAACUUGCCUUAACUACGAAAAAGCGAAAAUCGGGACUAAAUAAAAGAAAUCGUGAUAAGUUCCUAAAUGAUCCAGAGUAUAUAUAUGAUACCAUGUUUUCGGAUGAGGAGGAUGAAGAAGAAGAGGUUGAGAGUGAUGCCAGUUGGGACUGAGCUACUUACUUUGUUGCUCUUCUGUUAAUUGUGAAACUGUUAUAUCUUGUUCUUGGAAAAGUAGAUACAUACUAGUUUGUGUAUAAAAGUGUUAUCAUAAAGAGUGAAGUGGAACAUGUUUUCUCUUUGUGAAAAGGAACUAUGUGUGAGUGCUAGAGACAAAUAAGUAUGCAUAAGUACUUUAAUUAUAGUUACAUUAACAUUAAAUCAACUGAACUGAAUUUCAUCGUCACAAUAAUAUUGUCAUAAUUUACUUUCGUUAAUAAUAUACAUAAGUACAUAGAUAUAUUCAUACACAUGCAUGUAUAUAUCUAUGUACA